AUUCGACUCCAGCAAGCUGCGACUAUCCUCUUAGAAAUUUAGUAAAAUUUAAAAACUUCUGCUCGUGAUACAAAAUCUUUUCUAACAACGGUCUGCCCAAAAGUCCUUAAUUGCUAUGCGAAGAACCGUAAGACGACAUGAACUGGAACUAGAUUGCAAGGUGUCAACUUAAAAUCAGAAUCAAUAUUCGCCUCUAAACAUGGACGAUGUCACGGAGACCACAGACGAUGAGGUUUUAGACAUUUUUUACAAUGUAACAACCGCGGUCCACUUAACAACCACCCAUGCACCUGAAACUAGCAUGGGCCUCUGGGGCCUUCUGUUUAUAUUCGUCGUAAUUAUUCUCUUCGUUGCCCUGUGCUUUGCAUGUAUGGGUUUGCUUGUCCUCUUCGGAUGUAUGAGGUCUUUCCUGUGUAUUCGUUGUCGGGGUCGUGAAGAACUUGUGGGAAGAAUCCUGUGACCUAGACUGACUACUAAUCAUCGGAACUCAAAUGUGUCCAAAUAAAAUUUCAUUGUGUUUUAUCCAAAAA